CAUCUGAUUGCCUGCUGGAAAUACUUUGAGGUAUCAACAAUGAACUCGAUGUUACUGUUAUUUUUUUCUGGAAUUCUCGCCUGUUGUGCACAUUCUACUGGAGAUUUGGUAUCCAGGUUACUCCUCGUGUCCUUUGAUGGCUUCAGGGCCGAUUACCUGGAAACGUAUAAACUUCCUCAUCUUCAGGAGUUCAUUGAGGACGGGGUGCUUGUAAAAGAAGUUACAAACUCUUUUAUCACCAAGACUUUCCCAAACCAUUAUACCAUAGUGACAGGUUUAUAUGAAGAAAGCCACGGCAUCGUGGCCAAUGACAUGUAUGACGCAGACUUGAAGAAAAGGUUCACACAGUUCAACGAUUCGGAUCCCUUCUGGUGGAAUGAGGCAGUUCCCAUCUGGGUAACAAAUCAACAGCAGGGAAAUGGAGCAAGUGCUGCUGCAAUGUGGCCCGGUACUGAUGUAAAAAUUAACGAUACGACCCCUCAGUUCUUUAUGAAGUAUAACUUUUCAGUCACAUUUGAGGAGAGAGUGGAGAAAAUCGUCGCGUGGCUCAAUAGCUCAAACCCAGUCGUCACUUUCGCUACGUUAUACUGGGAAGAACCAGAUGCAAGUGGGCACAAGUAUGGACCCGCUGACACUGAGAACAUGCGCAAAGUAUUAGAAGAAGUGGAUAAUCUUGUUGGUUUCCUUACUAAUAAAUUGAAGGCGUUCGGUUUGUGGGACACCAUCAAUAUCAUAAUAACCAGUGACCACGGAAUGACCUCCUGUUCUGCAGAGAAGCUGAUUGUCCUGGAUAGGUGCAUUGAUCGUGAUGCCUACACUCUGAUAGACAAGAGUCCAGUUGCUGCAGUGCUGCCAAAGCAGAACAAGAGAGAUGUGUAUAAUUCACUGAAAAAGUGCCACGGUAACAUGACAGUAUAUCUCAAAGAAGAAAUUCCAGGCAGAUUUCAUUAUCAGCAUAAUAAGAGGAUUCAGCCUAUCAUUCUGGUUGCAGACGAAGGCUGGACGAUUGUGCAGAACGAGUCUCUUUCAAAAUUAGGAGACCAUGGCUAUGACAACACUCUCCCAAGCAUGCAUCCAUUCCUGGCUGCUCGCGGGCCGGCUUUUCAUCGAGGUUACAAGCAAAGUACGAUGAACAAUGUUGAUAUUUACCCCAUGAUGUGCCACAUUCUGGGACUAACACCGCAGCCCCACAACGGCACCUUCAGUAACGCCAAGUGCUUGCUCGCUGACCAGUGGUGCAUAAACCUUCCAGAAGCUAUUGGGAUAGUUAUUGGGGCUUUUAUGAUACUGACAACUUUCGCCUGCAUUAUAAUCAUGUCAAACAACAGAGUGGCUGCUCCAAGGUCGUUUUCUCGACUUCAGUUACAAUAUGACGAUGAAGAUCAUAUUUAA